UCGGUGGUUUGUGUUGUCCGUCCUCCUCCCCCUCCUCCUCCUCCAGUGGAGCAUCUUCGGCUUCGCGGCUCUGUGGUGACGAACCUGCCCUCGUUCUGAGGCAGCGCACCGCCGCAAACACCAGCCGUGGCCGGGGGAUGGCAUCGCUCAGCCGCAAGCGCGGAGCAGUUAGGAGCGGCGUGGUGGAGAGGAAGAACCUGCUCACAGUCUGCAGGUUUUCAGUGAAGACUCUGCUGGAUCGCUCCUGUUUUGAAACAAUAGACGACUCUUUCCCAGAGUUCGUUAACUUCGUGUCCAUCCUGGAGCACAUCCUCAGUCAUCGGCUCAAAGGUCAGACAACGUGGUUCGGCUACGAGAGUCCUCGGAGUUUCUGGGAUUACAUAAAAGCGGCCUGCAGCAAAGUGCCUCAUAACUGCAUCCGAAGUAUCGAGAGCAUGGAAAAUGUGCGAUCAUCAAGAUCCAAGGGAAGGGCAUGGAUCAGGGUUGUUCUGAUGGAGAAACGACUGUCAGAGUACAUCUCAUUUUCAAUGAAGGACUUCAAAACCACCAGGAGGUUGUUUGAGGAAGGAGCGAUCAUGCUGGGAGAAGAGGCUGGGCUGUUGGCAGACACUCUCAUUGGACUUAACACCAUUGAUUUCAGCUUCUGUCUUAAAGGAGAGUGUCUGGACAACAGCUGUCCUGCUGUCAUCGACUACACGCCUUACCUGAAGUUCACACAGAGCGCAGACAGCAUCAGCAGCGACGAGGAGGAGAUGAGAACUCUGGGAAGUAGCGGCAGCGAGUGCAGCACCCCUGACAUAAAGGCCACCGCCGCAUCAAUCUUCACCGAGCAGAGCAACCUGGUCAGCAAGUGCAAACGCUUUGAGCAGAAGUACCGCAUGGCUCUGGAGCAGAAGGGUUACCUGGAAGAGCUGGUCCGUCUGCGGGAAGCCCAGCUGUCGGAGGCCGUUUCUCAUAACAAAGCCCUUCAGCAGAGCCUAGGAGACGCGCACCUCUCCCACACGCUGGAGAAACAACAGCUCAAGUAUAUCAUAGUGGAGCUGCAGAACCAACUGACUGUGCUGAAAAACAAUGAUUUGCGUUCCAGACAGGAGUUAACAUCCCAUCUGACCAAUCAGUGGCCAUCUCCAGAUGCCCUGGAUGCCAGUGCUGUUGCCUUGGAUACGCUGCUGUACAGGAAGAGCACUGGGCAGUGGGAGGAAUACAGUCGCCCAGAACCUCAGAACCAAGAUGAAAGGUCAAAAUCAAGUCUGAAGGUAGCAGAUACUUUAAAAGGCAGUCUAAAUCAACCUUUUGUAUCUCUAUAUUUUACCUAUAAUUGCUCAGGAUGAAGGAUUCCUGCAAAGUCAAAGACUUGAUCCAAAUUGCUUUAGGUUUUUAGAUUUAUACCUUGCUUACCAAUUGGGAUUUUUCUGAUUUACUUAAUUUCACUGGAUUGGUACUAAAUUGAAUGGGACAAUGUUUAAUUGAAUCUUAAUUAAGCUGCAUGAUUAGUUUGUGUUGGAAUGGACUACACUGAUCUGAAUGAAAUUUGGACCAAACUGGGUUAGCAAUUUGAUGCUGCCACCCCUGCACUUCACUGUUGGAAUGGUGUUCUAAGGCUUGCAUGCUAUAAACAAUGACCACACUUCAGUUUUGGUUUCAACAGGUCUCCAAAAAUUAAGGUCUUUGUCCCAGAGUGCAUUUGCGGACUGUCAUUUCUUUUAAUAUAUUGUGUCUGGAUUAAUGGCUUCUGCCUCUCUCUCAUUGGCCUUUCAGCCCAUGUCAGUACAGGCUUCAGCCAGCAUCUUUACGUCUUUUGCUUUUCUUCGGUGGUUGAUUAGCACAUUGUCUACCAAAAGCCGUGCAUCUCUGGAACACUGAACCCAUCUCCUUCCUGACCUGUGUGACUGGACAUUACUAGUUUUUAUACUUGCAUACAGUUGUUUAAACAGAUCAGAUUAAUCUGGCACCUUCAGACAUCUUGAAGUUGCAUCCAAGAACAAACCACAGGUGUGGAGAUCCACAAUUCUCUCAGUGAUAUCUUGGCUGGUUUCUUUUGAUUUCCCCAUGAUGUCAUAUAGGGAAGCAGUUUGUUGGAGGUGUAAAUCUAUUUAACUCUGAUGUUGUUAAUGAACCAAUGAGAGGCUUACAAAGCCAGAAUAUCAAGAUUCAGGCUCUCACAAAAUUAUUCAAAUACAUAGUAAUCAUUCUGUGUGAACAGUUCUGAAAAAAACUAAUCUCGAAAAGAUCCUCUAAUUAUUCUGGUAUUUAGCAAAUAAAAGUAAUUUAGGUUAUCCUAACUGACCUAGUGCAGGAAAAGAUC